GUGAAAACCAGUCCGAAAUCUUGUAUACCCGACGUAUAUAAAUACUUACAUGCAUGUAUUAUAAAUUUGUAAAUAUUACUUUUUAAAAGCGGUUUUUUUAUUUUCGAGUUUUGUUUCGAUAUCCUCUUUAGUGGCUAGAAACUAGCUGGAGAACGAAACGCUGUGAAGAGAGGACCAACCAAUUUUCCGGAAAACCGGAAAAUUCGCAGGAGCAAAUCCGCGGCGAAUGUUCGUUUUUCUCACUGACGAAUGCCGACGAGAACCUUAAUGGGGUUCGAUUCGUGUGAUUGUGAUGCCUCGACGUAGCAGAGAGGAAAAUUCUUGAAAUUGAAACGUGAAAUUUCUUUCGAAUUCCUCGAGGAGAAGAACUGACGCAUUCUUUACCAUUUUGUGACUCUUUCUUCUGCUUGAAAGGAUAGACACCGUAAAUCAAAACGGAUCUUCUUUAAGCCAGAGUGUUUAGUAAACAUCUAAAAUGAAAGACGGUAGCAGUUCGGACAGCAGGCAGGGUUUAGCGAGCUACGUGAAUCACGGCUUAAGCGAAUCCACCAACAAUGUGGAUCUCAUUCAUUCGUUUCGAUCUCUUCACAAUUCGCACGGAAACCAUCGUGACAUGCAGGGCUCUUCAGAUUUCAUCUUGAUCGAAGAACCGGGGGAUGACGAGGCCAAGCAGAAGGAAGGUCUUCUGAAAUCACUAUUGCAGCACACGAGGCGGCGUGCCAGGGCCAUAUGCACGAAGAAGACCCUUUACAAGAGACUGCCGAUCUUGAACUGGCUGCCAAGGUACAACACUCAAGAUGCACUCGGAGAUCUAGUGGCCGGGAUCACCGUGGGCCUCACCGUCAUUCCUCAGUCGCUGGCAUACUCAAGAGUCGCCGGUUUACCGACGCAGUACGGUUUAUACGGCAGUUUCCUAGGUUGCUUUAUAUAUGUAAUUUUGGGAUCCUGCAAAGAUGUACCCAUGGGACCUACUGCUAUAAUAUCUUUGUUGACUUAUCAAACAGUGUCUCACUUAGACUUUCCUGUGAUGUAUGCGAUUUUAUUGUCCUUUUUUGCUGGAAUCGUGGAGUUAAUAAUGGGUAUAUUUGGCCUCGGAUUUCUAAUAGAUUUCGUGUCUGGGCCAGUAAGUUCGGGUUUUACGUCAGCAGUGGCUUUGAUAAUUGUUACAUCGCAAGUCAAAGAUAUUCUCGGUAUUCCUGCCAAAGGUUCUCAAUUUAUUGAAAUGUGGCAGAGUAUCGGUGGACUGAUACAUACGACAUCCGCCUGGGACACUAUUUUGGGAAUAUCCUGCAUAGCACUGCUAUUAAUUCUAAGGUUAUUAGGCUCAUUCAAAAUCGGCCCGAAAAAAGAAGAGUUUCUUACUACAAAACAUCGUGUCGUGAAUAAAAUCAUCUGGCUGAUCAGCACCUCGCGAAACGCAAUUUUAGUAGUAAUUUGUGGUUUAAUAGGCUGGAGCUUUUCGGACGAGCCACCUUUCCAAUUAAUCGGCGACAUACAGGGAGGUAUGCCUACUAUACAAAUUCCACCAUUUGGAUUUACCAGUGGCAACACGACAGUCACGUUUAUCGAGAUGCUCGGUAAUCUGGGCAGUGGUCUCAUCGUUAUACCACUCAUCUCUCUAAUGGAAGACAUCGCUAUUUGCAAGGCUUUCGCCAAUGGAAAAUCAGUGGACGCUACGCAAGAGCUGAUAGCGAUUGGUAUAACGAAUAUUGGAAAUUCCUUCAUACAAGCUUUCCCAAGCUCAGGAUCCCUUAGCAGGAGCGCAGUAAACAACGCUUCUGGCGUAAGGACACCAUUUGGCGGCAUUUACACUGGUUUAUUGGUAAUUUUAGCUCUGCUAUUCCUCACCCCGUACUUCAGUUUCAUUCCACGUGCCACUUUGGCGGCGAUCAUUAUCGCUGCAGUAAUCUUCAUGGUCGAAGUCAAAGUAGUGAAGCCUAUGUGGAGGACGAAAAAAUCGGAUCUCAUCCCGGGGGUAGGCACGUUCAUCGCGUGUUUGAUGCUACAAUUGGAGAUCGGUAUCCUCUGCGGAAUUGGAAUAAAUAUUCUCUUCAUUCUGUAUCACGCUGCCAGGCCGAAAAUAUCUGUAGAGAAACUUAAGACUCUUCACGGUGUCGAGUAUCUAAUGCUGACACCGGAUCGUUGCUUGAUAUUCCCCUCAGUGGACUACGUCCGCAAUUUGGUGACCAAGUACAGCCGACGCGCCGAGAGCGUCGCGACGCCUGUGGUGAUUGACUGUUCGCAUAUUUAUGGUGCAGACUUCACAGCUGCCACGGUCAUCGAGAUCCUGACAAAGGAUUUCGCCAAAAGAGGCCAGCCGCUGUUCUUCUACAACCUGAAGCCGUCGGUAAACGCUGUAUUCGAAGGCGUCGAGCCCAAGGACUUUAUCGUCUACUAUAAUCAGGAAACGUUAGACAACCUGCUGAAGGAGAAGGGCUACACGAAGUAAAUUCAAUAAAAGCUCCAUGAAACAGUCAAGAUAUCGUUUCCGAUCGUGAAAGAUACAAUCUUUCAUUAAGUGUUUCUCGAAGCUGUUAUUCGGACUCAAUAGCCGACUACCAAAAAUACACGAGAGACUUUCGAACAUCUCCCGAUUCUUAAUGCGGUCGACUGGACUGUAAGGCAGACCGUGAAUCUUUUUAAAUUAAAUCGCAAAUGAAAGCGAAAUUUUUAUGAAGCAAAUUUAUGUAUUUACUCCCGAAAAUCUUUGAAAUGGAAUCUAACUCUAAAGAAUGAAAUCUCACUCUCAAAAAUUAAUAAUUGAGCCAUUCUUUUUUUAACAUUGGCUCAAUUGUCACUCUCUUUGCCACUUUUUAAUAGAAUUAGAUUCCAUUCCAAAGAUUAAUCUUUGAUUCUCGAAAAUUUUAGAGAGUAUACAUCGUCGUUAAUUCAACAGCGUUUCGCUUGAAAUUCCGAGCGACAGCGACAAUAAAAAACGUAGUAAAUAUCGUUGACCUAACGACAAUGCCUAAAAGUUCAAAAGCGCAGCUUUAAUAUAUAGCUCAUUUAAAUGAAAUAAUUUUGAUUCGCGUGUAUAAUAAAAUCAGUCGGAAAAGGCAGGAAAAAUGCUGAAAAUUGUUUAUGCAUGUAUCUUGAACAUAUUUCAAGUAUAUAUGUCGAUAUGGAUAUAUAAUACUGUUGUCGUUAUAUAUCUUGGAGAAAGAGAGAUGUUAUACGUAGGAAAAGCUUGGAAAUAUUCUAUGCGAUAAGAUACUACAGAAAUUCCAGAAGCAAACGUCUGAACGUCCAACUACGAACGUCUGAAAAAUUAAAUGCCGCUUAGAAGGCGCCUUUUAGACAUCUUAAAUAUCUCAUAGAUUCUUAAUGAAAUUCUUGUUUCGUCUAAGUAUUUAUUUAACUUCGUGAUGAAGUAGAAAAACAUUCGCGUGACGUUAUCAAAUCGAUAUCAUUUAGCGUUUCUCAUAUUUAAACCCUUUCACGCUAUUUGAAAUUCACGAAGAAAGUUUUCAUUGUACAUUUUUAUACACCUGCUGCUUCAUACAAAAUAGCAUCUUCUACAUUCUAAAAGCGCGUGUACAUAUGAUAUAAUAAGUUUGAACGAUACUGUGAUAAUUUUAUAAACAAUAUGUCUGGUGGACAAUCCGGCGCGGCGGAGAGAUAUUCAUACGGCGUAUGUGAAUAUUAUAGAUCUCUCUCGUAGAAUUUUUAAAAACGUUUCUGCAUCGACGGUGCGUGAUUCAUAGUCCACACGCGUCGACAAAAAGUUUGCAAAGCGUAACCAGUUUACGAUUAUUUUCGAUCGAUACGCAAGAGAAUCGCUUUUUUUCCAUUAUAUUUCCGCAUAUGUUUAAAAAGAUUUUUAAAA